AUGAGCCUCCACCUUCCAUCGCGGAGGGUCCUUGGGACCACUCCAAUGGUCCUCAAGACCCUCCGCCCAACCCUCUCCCUGUCUCCUUCCACCUCAACAUCCUCCCCAGUGUGUCUCCUCCUGAGGCAACAACAACACCAGCGCCAGCAGACCCGCAAUGCCGCCACAAAACCAAAGAGUCGCAACCGACUCCGAGACUACAACAAACCCAAGGAUCUGCACAAACCGGGCGGCGCUCUCGGCGACCUGACCUCAGCCGAAGGGCGACGCAGCAUCGAGGACAGGAUGCGCGAGCGCAUGACCUCGACACGGCUCGAGUCCAAGUCCAUCUUCGACGAGGAGCUCAAGGCGGCGGACGUGGAGGGCGGCGGGCCCGUCGACGCCAGAGGCACGGGGCAGAACACGAGCGGGUCGCGCGAGUCCGUCAUGGGCGCGUCGCUGCUGCGCGACCACAUGCGGCACGCCAUCGACCCGGACCCGCUGAGCCGGAUGCGGUGGGAGCGGCGGAUGGUCGCCAGGCAGGUGGCGCGGCAGCUGGACGCCCGGGGCCGGGAGACGCGCGACGAGCGCAUCCGCCGCACCGAGCGCGAGGCCACCAGCCGGUCCGCCUGGCUCGCCACGUCGACCAAGAAGCUCGUGCACCUGGCCCACCAGAUCUCGGGCAAGACGCUCGAGGAGGCCCGCACGCAGAUGAAGUUCUCCAAGAAGAAGUUCGCCCGCGAGGUGCUCUACGAACUGGAGCUGGCCAGCGACAAGGCCGUCGUCGAGCGGGGAAUGGGCCUCGGCAAGGCGACCGGCGAGUUUGUCCCCGGCGUUAGUGAGAAGAGGACAGUGAAGGACUUUAGGCAUGGCAAGUUCGUCGACAUUGAUGACCCGAGCAGGAUGUACGUCUCCGAGGCGUGGGUGAACCGAGGUCCUUGGAGAGGCAAGAAGCCAAAUUAUCGGGCACGAGGACGUGUAGACCUCCUUCAGAUGCCCCAAGCCAGCAUCACCAUUAAGUUGAAGGAGGAGAGGACACGGAUACGAGAGUUUGAGGAGAAGAAGGCGAAGCAGUAUAAGCAGGGUCCAUGGGUACAUUUGCCCAACAGGCCCGUCACAGCUCAGCGGCCCUUUUAUUCCUGGUAA